GAGCUCUCCCAUCACAGGGGUUUCUGCCUCCCUCGCCCUCUGCUCUUUUCCUGCCGCGCAGCUUCGGUUCUCCGGCCCUUUUUCUUCCCUACUCUUUGCGUCUGCAGCCACCAUGAGCCGGAUCUCUUUCCGAUCAUCCACCGGAGGGGGCAUGAGGGGCUUCAGCUCGGGCUCUGCCAUCGUGGGAGGCGGUGGCGGGGGCACCAGGAGCAGCUUCAGCUCCGUCUCCGUCUCCAGAGUCGGGGGAGGAAGAGCCGGAGGCGGAGGGGGCUUCGGAGCCGGCGGCGGCUUCGGCAGCAGGAGCCUCUACAACUUGGGUGGAAGCAAAAGGAUCUCCAUCGGGGGUCUCCGGAGCGGAGCCGGGGGCGGAUUCGGCUUCGGCGGCGGCGCCGGCUUCGGGCUGGGCUACGGUGGCGGUGGAGCCGCUUUUGGCUUAGGAGGAGCCGGUGCCGGUGGCGGGUACGGGCUGGGAAGCGGAUUCGGGCUGGGAGGUCCCGGGUUCGGCGGCCGAGGCGGCCCCGGGUUCCCCGUGUGCCCCCCCGGCGGCAUCCACGAGGUGACGGUGAACCAGAGCCUGCUGGCCCCCCUGAAGCUCGACAUCGACCCCGAGAUCCAGAAGGUGCGGACGCAGGAGCGGGAGCAGAUCAAGACCCUCAACAACAAGUUCGCUUCCUUCAUCGACAAGGUUCGCUUUUUGGAGCAGCAGAACAAGGUGCUGGAGACCAAGUGGAGCCUCCUCCAGGAGCAGGGGCACACGGUCACCAGGAAGUCCCUGGAGCCCCUGUUCGAAGCCUACAUCGGCAACCUGCGGAGGCAGCUCGACAGCCUGGUGGGCGAGCGGGGCCGCCUGGACUCCGAGCUCAGGAACAUGCAGGACAUGGUGGAGGACUUCAAGAACAAAUAUGAAGAUGAGAUCAACCGGCGCACGGGGGCCGAGAACGAGUUCGUGGUGCUCAAGAAGGACGUGGACGGCGCCUACAUGAACAAGGUGGAGCUGCAGGGCAAGGCAGACUCGCUGGCAGAGGAGAUCAACUUCCUGCGGGCUCUCUACGAGGCGGAGCUGUCCCAGAUGCAGCAGCAGGUGUCGGACACCUCGGUGGUGCUUUCCAUGGACAACAACCGGAGCCUGGACCUCAACAGCAUCAUCGCCGAGGUGAAGGCGCAGUACGAGGACAUCGCCAACCGCAGCCGCGCCGAGGCCGAGGCCUGGUACCAGAACAAGUACGAGGAGCUGCAGGUCUCGGCCGGGCGCCACGGGGACGACCUGAGGAACACCAAGAUCGAGAUCUCGGAGAUCAACAGGAUGGUGCAGAGGCUGCGCAACGAGAUCGACAGCGUCAAGAAGCAGUGUGCCAACCUCCAGGCCGCCAUCGCCGAGGCCGAGGAGCGCGGGGAGCUGGCCCUCAAGGACGCCAAGGCCAAGCUGGCCGAGUUGGAGGACGCCCUGCAGAAGGCCAAGCAGGACCUGGCCCGGCAGCUCCGGGAGUACCAGGAGCUCAUGAACGUCAAGCUGGCCCUGGACAUCGAGAUCGCGACCUACAGGAAGCUGCUGGAGGGGGAGGAGAGCAGGCUGGCUGGAGAAGGAGUGGGAGCCGUCAGCGUCUCCGUGGUCAGCAGCUCCAGCGGGAUGGGAUACGGCGGCGGGAGCUGCCUGGGGAUGGGCGGAGGGCUCGGGAUGGGCGGCGGCGGCGGCGGCGGCUUCUCCGUGAGCGGCGGCGGCUUCGGGGGCGGCAGCGGCGGCGGCUUCGGGGGGCUCAGCUACGGCGGGGGCAGCACCUUCAGCUCCGGCAGCAGCCGAGGCGUGAGCUCCAGCACGGGCGGCAGCGUCAGGAUCGUCUCCAAGACCACCACCAGCAAAAAGACCAUCAGAUAAGGGCGGAGAGCCCCCCGGGGGCGGCGGGAGCGGGUCCCGCCCGCCCCUGCCCUGCGCGUCCAGGGUGUAAAUAGCUGCGCUAGACCCUCUGCUUCCUCCGUCCUUCACCUCCGGGCCCGCGGGGGGGGCUCCAGGACCCCCCUCCGGCACCCGGAGCGCCUUUGGCCGAAGCACCGGUUGUGGCGGGUCCCCGGCGGGGCUUUGCGGACCCCCGGCAGCGCCUCCGUCCUCGGUCUCCCUUUGGAUUCGCGCUCCAAAGGGAAGGGGAAGCGCAUCCCUGAUCGGGGACGAGGUUUCUUUCGUCCUAAGCCGCGUCCGACCACUUUGUGGAGCCACAGCCCCGGGUCCUCUCCUCCGGGAGGCUCCCAAAGCCUCUGCCUGCGACUCCGGUUACAACCCCCAAAGGUUUUUGUCUGCAACAAGAUUUUCCCCCCAGCCCCUCUGUUCUCUCAGGCCCCCGCGGGAAAGGCUUUGCUUGGUGUGUGUUUGGUUUCCAACUCCCCGUCCCCGGGGCUGCAGCCCCUUCACCUCCAGGCCCAACACACGGGAAGGUCCAAUAAAGAGCAUUUGUCAUUUUUAAA